AUGAGACUAAGAAAAAUUCUGCUCGGCGCUUUUCUUGGUGUGGAAGCAUCAAGUUCUGGCUGCCCUGACCCAAUAAUCUGGUACCGUCUCCGCUUCGAAAGCGCUGUAAAUUUCGUCAGCUGCUCAGAAAACAAAGUUUCAAAAAAUACGACAAUCAUUCAAAAUGCCAGGUCCGUUGCCCCCUGGGAUGAAGUCCACCGUCGAUCAGGUCAUUUGCGAAUGUACAGAAAUCAACAACCACUAUGUUUCCUGCAAAUGGUCGCCGAAUAA